UAUUUUGUAAUGUAAUUUUGUUUAUAUUUUUUUUUGUCUCAUAAAGUUCGAUUAUCCAGACAGGACCAGACAGUGAGCCAGACGGAUAGCACCUCGAUUGCUUAUGUCUGAUGGUGUAUUGAGAGAUGCAGAUGUCCCUGAUGCCGGCGCCUGUCCUUUGAAGCUGGUCGAACGCCUAAGAACCAAUACAGGCAGAACCAUGAACAGAUCCUGUAAAAAAUGGUCAGCCUGUGAUGUGUGUGGGUGAGGAGAUGGGCUGCACCUCGGCCAAGCAGGUGUUGGCCGUGCCCAGUGGUGAGGAGGGCCGCAGUAAAGCCUACAGCAAUGGGGAUGUUCUUUCUGAUGAGUACAAGAAAGGUGUGGCAAGUGUGAAGUAUAUAAAUAGAGAAGAGGACAGACUAAACAACUGCGACCAGGACAGCACGGAGAAUACUGCCCUGCUCACCACGGUCCAACAAACAGACGACACAGGAUCAAAUGGCAAUGGGAAGACACAGAUUCAUUCUUCAGAGAGCCAGCAGGAGUUCUUCAGGAUGCUGGAUGAGAAGAUAGAAAAGGGGCAGGACUACUGCUCAGAGGAAGAGGAUAUGACAUAGCACUGAGGUCCACCAUCUGCUCCCCUGAGAGGAAGGAUUUGUCCAAUGGCAUGGACAGGCCUGUACCACAUAACCCUUACCCAACGGCCCUCUUCCUUUUAGACCAUUUCGAGGAUGGAGGAGACACAUUGACCCAAACCAAGCACCUUUGCCCGGCCCUGUGUCAAUACCUACAACCCUGGCUCCCCGUAACAGAUCUACGAGUCCAAUGCGACAAUGUUUUACCCCCAAAGGAGCAAUGUUACAAGACACGGCCAGGACUACUUUCAGCACUAGUCCUAUUAUACUGAGCGGCUCUCCAAGUAUGUCGCCAUGGUAACCAUGGACAAUAAGUACAGCAGCCGCUCGGCUCUGUGACUGGUCCAUUAAAAGACAACGGAGGUCCAGUCAUUUUGAACCCAUGGAUUGACUGAGACUAGUCCAUCAUGGUUAUUCGUAAUGACUUAAAAGGAACAUUUGUCAUUCCUCAUCUGAUUGGAUGAUGAACAAUGGAGGUAAUUGGGAGGGCAGAGGAAAAUGAAUCUGGGAAUUAUUCCUGGGUCGUAUUCAUUAGGCACCAAAUGGAAGAAAACCGACAAACAGGGAAGAACUACCAAUAAGAAACGCUAGUUGACGUUUUCUGUUGCAAAACAUUUGGCUAUGGUGUGCCUUAAUGAAUGCAAUCCAGGUGGCUGAAACAUUCACUGCAUUGCAGAUAGAAACUUAAAGUAAUAGAGCUGGGGAUUCUCCCAUCAUCGUAUUGUAUCAUUGAUUCUCUUAUCAGUGUUUCUCUAUGUAGCGUAUUUCUAUCUGCAAUGUUCUGAGCGUGUCACCCCAAUGAACACACACCUUGAGGGGAAACCGGGGUUACUUACUUCCUGCAUUCCAGGAUACUUUUUGAAUUUUAUUUUCUACAGUAUGCUCAAAGUGCAUUCGGAAAGUAUUCGGACCCCUUCACUUUGUCCACAUUUUAUGACGUUAGUCUUAUUCUAAAAUUGAUUCAUGUUGCUCAUCAAUCUAUACACAAUACUCCAUAAUGACAAAGCGAAAAACUGAUUUAAAUAUUUUUGCAAAUGUAUUCAAAAUAAAAUGCAGAAAUACCUUAUUUACAUAAGUAUUCAGACCCUUUGCUAUGAGACUCGAAAUUGAGUUCAGGUGCAUCCUGUUUCCAUUUAUCAUCCUUGAGAUUUUUCUGCAACGUGAUUGGAGUCCACCUGUGGUAAAUUCCAAAACAUUUCUGCAGCAUUGAAAGUCCCCAAGAACACAGUGGCCUCAAUCACUCUUAAAUGGAAGAAGUUUAGAAACAACAUUUUUCCUAGAGCUGGCCACCCGGCAAAACUGAUCAAUUUGGGGAGAAGGGCCUUGGUCAAGGAGGUAACCAAUAAACCGAUGGUCACUGACAGCUCCAGAGUUCCUCUGUGGAGAUGGGAGAACCUUCCAGAAGGACAAUCAUCUCUGCAGCACUCCACCAAUCAGGCUUUUAUGGUAGCGUACCCAGACAGAAGCUACUCCUCAGUAAAAGGCACAUGACAGCCCGCUUGGAGUUUACCAAAAGGCCCCUAAAGGACUCACAGACCAUGAAACAAGAUUCUCUCGUCUGAUGAAACCAAGAUUGGGGAACGAUUUAAUCCCUUUUAGAAUAAGGCUGUAAUGCAACAAAUUGUGGAAAAAGUGAAGGGGUCUGAAUACUUUCCGAACGCACUGUGAUUCAUAGUCGGCCCAUGUCUUCUUACUUUACUACGUAGGGUAUUCUUGUUUAAUGUCAAUGCUCAGGGUUGAAGUGUUCUAGUCAUUGUUGUUUUGUAGUCGAGCCUACCUCUUCAUUAGGCUUUGUGGCACCAAUUGUACACACACACACAGCACUCUGCUGUCAGUAUCAGUUCUUACCUGUUAAUAAGACCACAUCAGUGUUCAAUCUAAAGACAGCAUACUGUAUAAGGAGCAUAGUCAGAUUAUGUAGUGCUCUUUGCAUUGGUUGUCAUGUUCAUUUUUGCUUGUUCGUUUUUCAUGUUCAAUUAAUAGUUUUUCUAGUAAAAUAAUGUGUUUUCAGGUCACUGUAAUAUAAUUUGUCAAACAAUGGUU